UGUCGCCAAACAUUUUGCAUCAUUUUCGAACCUUAGUGUGCACUAUUUUUCAUGUUCAUUGUAAUAAUAUUCUUACUUUUACUGCUAUAAUUCAAUGAAAAUAAGAGAAAAUCAUGAGUUCCAACGAGGAAAUAAUGCUCCCUUACAUGAAACGCUAUAACCGGGAAACAAUUUUCUUCGAAAUUAAACCACUUAACAGCAUGGAUGUCAUUUACAUGGACGAUGACGAAGAUGCUCCAAUCGUGAUAAAGGCUUCACGUCCAAAAAGGCUUGAAGAAUUUUUGAAUUUCAUCUCGUUGAUCAACUUUUCUUCGGAUUUUCGUGUCAUGGCCAACGGAUUUUAUUUGUUGUUGGUGAAUAGAUCUGAUACAAUUGAAGAGCAUUUUUCAAAGCUCUAUACCAAAAAGUCCGUUUCUUUCACCUCCAGUAACGAAUCUGUCGCUGUUCAUGGCCUGUAUAUCGUUCCAGAGUCCUUCGAUCCUAAAAUUCAUUUCCGACGACUACUUUUGGACGGUGAAUUAUGCAAAGAUAUGGGGAUUCAAGAAAUUGUGGAUAAAUAUUUUCAGGAAUUUCAAUUUUCUUAUGUGAUUCAUGUUGAAAAAGCGGCUUCGUGUGAAAUGUCACAGCUCCAAGAUGCUCUGGUCGAUUGUUGUCGUCAAAUUAUCCAAAGUUUUCUAUUUGAUUUAAAGGAAAUUGCUUCUCGAGACUUGAUCCCUGACGAUCCCUGGUCAAAUUUAACGAUUUGUGAUAAAAAAUCGGAGAAUUGUGACGUCAGCUUGAUCGAUGUCGACGAUAUUCCAGAUGAAUCGGAACUGGAGAACAAUGUUUUCAUGUCUUGCACGGACGAUUUGAUGGAAACCUGUGAAUUUAGUAUCGGAAAGUACCAGGAGACGCUUUUGAAACGAAUGUGGUUCACCCAGAAGUGGAUGCGAAGUAAUUCGGAGCACAUGUUAUUAUCGCAAAAAGUUGACGUUACUGAUUUGCAUAAAAUUUUGGCCUAUAUACCGACACAAGGGACCGCAUUGAAGUUCUGGAAGCCACCAGAAACGGAAAAUUUGCGAAGAUCAAAGCGAUUGAAGAAACCCACGUCAACAGAGACCAAGUCAAUUUAUAUCGAGGACGAUAACGACGAUGAUGAUGUCUGUUUUAUCGAUGUGCAACGGCCUAGACGUCCAUUUAAUUACGAUAACCCAAAGAAAAUUACACCAUCUCUGUCACCACAGUGCUUUGAUAUACUCAAGGACGACGAUUUGGACAAUUAUGUGAAGCCGCUGCAUGAAACAAGUCCCCCCAAAUCGAUGUUUCUGGAUGAUGGCGGCAUUAUUUUGAGUUCUGAUGAUGAAAAUGAGGUUUCGAAACCCAAAAAGUUCUUUGUUGACCGGGAAUUGGCGCAAAAACGACGCAGUCUUUUAACAAAAACGGUCUCGAAGAAGCCUGAAUUCGUUCGAACCACUCGAAAAUCCACAGCAUAUGCAGCUCUCGGAAAUUCAGACAACACCAGAAGCAUAAAAUCGUUCUUUUCUUCACAAAAUACCGCAAAUACUAGUAAAAUGCGCGAAAUUCAAGACUCGAUGUUGAUGGAUAUCGAUGCACCUCGAAAGCUGAAAGAAGAACAAAAACAAAAAAUUAAAGCUUUGGUGAAGAGACAUCAUGAAGGAAAUGCUCGUACCUCAAAAAUGUUUGAUGGAACCAACCGUAGUUCAAAAAUUCUCGUUAGCGCCUUAAAUGACAUCAAAAAACAAGCCGAAGAUGACUCCAAUAAAAUGCUAUUUAAUCGAUAUUUGAGUCCAGAACCAGGUCCGUCGCGAGAAUCGUCAAUUUCAGCGUCGGGUUCAGUUAAAUUGUCGUACUUUCAUCCAGUGUCGUUUGAAGUGAAAUUGAAGCAGCAUUCUUUGGUUGACAUGAUGGCGAGUCCGUCAGUGCAUCAAAAGAAGGAAAUCAAUUUUGAUCAUAUCGAUUAUGAAUAAAAUUGUGAGAUUAUGCGGCGCUUUUUUUUUAAAUGAGAUUUUGUCUGUUAAUCGGACAAGUCUGUUGCAGAAAUUUAUAUAUUUUUUUAAAUGAACGUAGAAUAGAAUAAAAAUAAAAAUAAAUUUGUAAGAAUUUGAUUCGUCAUUAAUUAGAACACAUUCUCUGAGA